AUGCGCGGCCCGCACCACCCUCACUGCACGCGGGCACACCAGGCGGGCGCUCUCCUCCUCGUCGCCGUCACCUUCCUCCUCACCCGCCUCCUCUCCGCCCCUCCUCCGCCCUUCCCCACCUCCCGCUCCGCCACGCAGGGCCCAUGGCUCGACCUAGCUCCCCACCAGGACCACCUCCGCAUCUACGUCUAUAACGAGGACGAGAUCGACGGCUUGCGCGCGCUGCUCCGGGGACGCGACAACACCGUCUCCGCCGCUACAUGCCUCAAGGGCCAAUGGGGAACACAGGUAAAGAUCCACCAGCUUCUUCUCAAAUCAAGGUUUAGGACAUUGGACAAGGACGAGGCGCAUCUCUUCUUUGUACCCAGUUAUGUUAAAUGUGUUCGCAUGACCGGAGCUCUCACUGAUAAGGAAAUCAAUCAAACAUAUGUCAAGGUUCUGAGUCAGAUGCCAUAUUUCCGUAGAUCCGGCGGACGUGACCACAUCUUUGUCUUCCCGAGUGGUGCUGGAGCUCACCUGUUUCGCUCGUGGGCAACGUUUCUCAAUCGAUCCAUCAUCCUCACUCCAGAGGGUGACCGUACUGACAAGCGAGGUAUAAGCGCAUUUAAUACAUGGAAAGACAUUAUUAUACCUGGAAAUGUGGAUGAUUCUAUGGUGAAGCCUGGUGCUCGUGCUGUCCAACCCAUUCCGUUAACGAAAAGGAAGUAUUUAGCAAACUUCCUUGGUCGUGCGCAGGGAAAAGUUGGCCGACUUAAACUGGUGGAACUUGCAAAACAGUUUCCUGACAAGCUUGAGUCUCCAGAACUGAAGCUGUCUGGGCCUGACAAAUUGGGAAGGGUUGAUUACUUCAAACACCUGGGGAACGCAAAGUUCUGCCUAGCUCCUCGUGGGGAGUCCUCAUGGACACUUCGCUUCUAUGAGUCCUUCUUUGUGGAAUGUGUGCCGGUGCUUUUAUCAGAUGAAGUUGAGCUCCCUUUCCAGAAUGUGAUCGAUUACACCGAGAUAUCAAUAAAAUUGCCAUCGUCCAAGAUCGGUCCUGAACUUUUCCAGUACCUUGAAUCAAUACCAGAGGAACGAGUCGAAGAGAUGAUUGCUCGUGGUCGUGAGAUGAGAUGCAUGUGGGUGUAUGGCCCAGACACAGAGCCCUGCUCCGCGAUGACUGCUAUCAUGUGGGAGCUGCAAAGGAAGGUUAGGCGAUUCCAUCAGUCUGCACAAACCUUUUGGCUUCACAACAGGUCGAUUGUGAACAGAGAUUUGGUGGAGUUCCACCAGUGGAGAACACCUGUUCCGUUACCAUGAUAUUCUACUUGUAUAUAUUGAGUUGAAAGGCCAAUUUUUUUGGUCUGUUCUAAUUAUAUUAGACAACCUGAUCAAAGGUAGAUGUUUGAGGGAGGUGGGUGAGUAAAUUUAAUUUGUUGGUUAUUUAGUUAUCAUAUGGAGGAUGGAUGCCACUUGGCACGUAUUCUUUUUGAGAAUUGUGGGUGGGUAGUUGUUGAGAAAACAGUUGUAUUGGUGUGUCGACAAAGUUGUAACUUUUUUGUAAGGAAAGUUCAUUUUA